UAAAAGACUACAAAUACCAAACUUCCAAUGAUUGUGAUAAAAGCAAUCGUUUUCUCGACGCCAGAAAAUCCAUCGAUGUAUCUGUAAGGUUGUUAAAUUCCGCGAUAGAUACACCGUUGAUGAAUACAAACUUUAAUGUUAUUGCGGUACGUUAUAUAAAAAUAUGGAAGUAAUCGACGCGAUAGUGAUAGCUGAUGCGGACGGAAAGGACCCGGCUGCGCCCAGCAGUGUGGACAGCGAUAAGACAAAAGCAGAAUUCAUCUGGACACUGCAAGCUACCUGGCACCUUGUUAAUACCCGACUGGAAAUGGAUCAGGCGUUUGACCAGCCAGUGUGCAAGAAAAAGAAGCUCUGGGAAGUGGUUGCAGAGAAGGUAAAUGCCAAACUGAGGGAGUCAGGGGUCACAGGCAUCACUGUUAAGGCCUACGAAUGUGAUCUGAAGUGGAGAAACAUGCUGGCCACGUACAGGAAGAACACCGACAGGGCCAGGCGAUUGGGGGUGGCCAGUGUCCACUGGGAGUUCUUCAAAGCCAUGCAUGACGUGCUGGGCAAGAGCAGGGAGGAGAUCGAGGCCCAGCGCCAGGCCAAGCUCAGUGGAACCAGAGUGGGCAAGGCCAUAGCCAGCAAGAGGUUCACACCUAUCCUUCCUACGCCCCCUGCAACAGCUGCUGCCUGCAUCAGCAGGCCCCCGCAGGACAUCCUGCAGCUGUACAUGGAGCUGCAGGAGAGGAAGCUGAACAUGUGGGCUCAACAGAAAGCACUGGAGGAGAGGAAAAUAGAAGCCAUUAAUAACCUGGCCCAGGCCAUCUCCAGUCUGGCUCAGACGAACAGCCCACAGACAUCAAAGGAUGGACUUUAGGCCAUUUACCAGGAACUUUCAUAAUGCAUGAAUGUUUUCAUCUGAAACGUCACUUUUAUUGUUACAGUCUGUAGAGGUGCAGCGAACCAACAGAAUUCCAACACAGACCUUUUGUUUUGAUAAUUUUUUAGUCUUUUGGUUCUUUUGUUAUUAGACACACAACCCUUUUGUCUCUGAGGACAUACCUGACAUGUUUCAACGCAGACGUCCGUUUUCAUCAGAGGUCAGAGGUGUCACUAGAUGGUGUCAAAAUCGGAUGUCGUUCCAGGUGUAAGAACGCCUGAAGGCCUGUUCGUCCCAGUUCAUAGCUGCAUGGUCUCGCUUCCUCUCCACUGUCUCCAUGAUCCAACGCUGAUCUCUGUUGUUUUCCAAGUGUAUGAUUUUGGCUCUUCCCAAUCCAUAAUUUGGUUUUCCUGUUUGAAGUGAGACGCUAUCGCUGAUUUUAAGUAAACAGACACAAGCAUUGCAUCAUGGAGACAGUGGAGAUUAGAAAGCGAGCCCCCGCAGCUAUUAACCAGGACGACGGGGUUUCCAGAUUUCCUACACCUGGAACGACAUCCGAUUUUGACACCAUCUAGUGACUCAUCUGAUGAAGCCUCCAUCGAAACAUGUCUGGUGUGUCCUCAAGAGAAAAAAGCUGUGUGUCAAAUAACAAAAGAACCUCAAGCCUAUAUUGUAUACAGACACAAUUGACUUUAUUGGAAUAUUUGAUAACUUUUUGUCUUAUUCAUGCAUCAUCUGUGUCUGCUUACCUUCACUCUUUGUUUAGACAGACAGGAGGAUGUUCCUGCAACUGCCUGAUAACAGAGUUGUCUCCUUUAUUUUUCUACUUGAAUACAAAAGUAAUGUGGAACUCUGAAUACUAUGGAACAUAAAUAACAAGCAAAUAAUGUGUCCAAUCAUUUCUGCACCAAAAAAAAAAAGGUGAACAUGAUUUCUAUAAAUAAUCAGAAUGAUCCCUGACAUAUAAGGUCUGUAACACGUGUUUCUUACAUUAUUGUCUUACAAUAACUUCAUGUUUGUGGGUCUGCUGCUCCUUCAGAUCAUGCCAGCAUAUCCAUCUCCACACAAUUAAAUACUAAUGGCUUCAGUAUUA